AUGCGUGUGGAAUUCCACACAGCUGUUAAGGUCCAGAAUAAGUUUUACGCACAUCGUCUUACACGUUGCCCCGGCUUAGCAUCAGGUGGCGAGGCAUCUGGAAUAAGACCGGUAGUUCACAUCCCCUUCCAAAAGGUCUUCCAUUCUCUUGCAGACGAACAUCUGGGUGGGCGCAAAGAACUGGACAUUUUACCGUCUCCCACCACAUUGCUAUCCAUCUCAAGCAGAAAUGCAGCUGAAUUGAAUACCGUUAAUCGAGUUCCUUCCGAUACAUGCGGAUUCGAUCAAAAAGAUUUCUUCGAGGACCCUCCUCUUCCACCACCACCGUCCCCACCGCCCACAACAAAGGCCAAUGAUAUGACAAAUAUGUAUGCUAACUCAUCGUCCCUCCCACCGCUAAUCAACGCAAACAGAAAUGCAACUGAAUUGGAUGCCGGUAAUAGAGUUCCUUUCAAUUUACAUAGAUUCGAUCACAACCAAUGUUUGAAAGAUCUUCCUCUUCCAUCACCACCGUCCCCACGACCCAUAAAUGAAGCCGGUGACAUGACGACAGUGCUCACGAAAUCAUCUUCCUUCCCGCCGCUAGUCAAAGCACAAAGAAAUGUAAAUGAAUCUGAUACUGCUAAUGGAGUUCCAAUCAAUUUGCAUCAGUUUGAUCAAUGCGAUUUCUUUGGGGACCCUCCUCUUCCCCCACCACCUUCCCCCCCACCUAUUACAGAAGUCAACGACGCUACGGGAAAGUGCGCUACGUCUCAGCUUCCUCAACAAGCAAGCAGAUGUUUUCAAGCUACGAAUCACAACAACGAUUUUGGUGGCUUCCCCCUCCCUCCGCCCUCCCCACUGCUUACCACAAAUACCGUUACAACCAACGAUUUAUCUUCCCACAAAAGAUUCAUUACCGAGAUUAAACUAAAAAUAAACAGUUCAACCUUUGAACCGAAUGAAACCACAGACGAGAAGAUUGCUUUCCUGACGGCCCGCAUGAAUUCACUCACAGACAGAGAACCCCAUCAUGAAUUACUUCACGAGGACUCAUUUUUGUCUUCUGCGAAUCGCUUAUCCUCUCUUUCUCGCAACACUAUCCGCUUAAAUCCUAAAAAUCAUACUACUACACUCUCUAACAGUUUCACAGAGGUUGCACGCAGCCUCUCAUGUAGCCUUCAAAACAAACAGGUAUCGACACAAGCGGCCCCUUUCCAAAGCCCCCUGCGAGCCCCCUAUCAGGCCAGAUGUCAGGAUCUAAACUGUUUAACACGACUGACCUUCGACAACCACAGUUCUAGGUGCUUUCUGCCCCCUUCUGAACAAGCGAAUCUUCAUGAUUAUCGCGGCGACAAUCCAACUCCCGCCAUCCAAACAGGAGACACCAGUACUUCCGCGAGCAUCCACGACCUACUUCAUGGUAGCUCGCUUCUGAACCUGGAAAAUUUACUGAAAGCUCCUGAAAGUUUUGUUCCAGCGGAUGACGAAUCAUGCACCAUGGUUUAUUCCGAUAGUCCGACUGACAGUCUGGAGUAUUCAAAGUGCUGGCGAUCCUUAGACACUUCGUUUACAGAGAGAAAGCCCCCGGCCCAUGUAGGCGGCGAGUUCAACUCGUGUGCUAUCCAAUUUCCAGCGGACAAUGUAAAGGAAAGUUAUGCGCCUAAAGAAGCAAAGGUCAUUAGUCAGGACAGUUCUCCUGGAAAAGAUACUACCCGCCAGUUGAGGCCAGCAGUCUCUUCUUGUCACUCUCCUUCCCCUGUCAUCACGUACACAAUAAUUCAUGAGGCUCGAAACAACAAACAGGUGAAUGGACCCAAUCCAGUAGCUCAGUUUGUUCUACCAAAUGAGGCAGCUCCCGGCGUUGGUGUUCUUCCACGCAGCCAGGUGCCUACAGCCUUUACCACGAUCAUUGCUGCCGACUCGAUGGACUUUCUCGAUGACAUAAAUGAUAAUGUCGUCCUGGUCGAUGAUGUCAUAACAAUGUCAAGAGGAACUCGUUCCCUUUUGACUGUACGACCCCCACAAGUAACUUUGAAAAAGGCCACUCCCGAGAAAAAAUCAGCACCCACGCCUCCUCAACCCCAAGAUCACAACAAGGAACCCUUACUCUCCGCAACUCAUGGAAGUGUAGCUAAUGGAUUGAACCUCCUUAGUUUUAUUGGCGACAAACACAGACGAGAGCUGCUGCAACGGUGGUUGGUAAAUCAGGUCUCCGCCAACGUAGCAAUGCGAAUUGGAAAUCACGUUGCCCAGAGAUUCCGUGACCCAGGAUCAACCCAAAUGCACUUGCACCCACAAACACUGCACGAUCCGUCUUCUCGUCAAAAGAGCGGAGAGCAUAAAGGACAUAGUGGUAGGUCAUCAUCGAUAACCCCACCCACAAGUGGUGAUAAAUCUUCUUCAGCCUCGGAAACUGGAACAAAACUGUUGGAAAGACAGGACAAACAGGGUGACUUGGAAGCAUCUGUGGCAAGUGAAAGUUCUCAUGGCUUUUCUCGGUCUUGUUCAACAUGUUCCAUUCCUCAAACUGUAAGAAAGUCCCAACCUAAGAACUCCCAAAUACGACAACCCUCAGGCAGCCGAAGAGGUGAUCAGAAAAAUCAUAAGUCUCUGAACCAGAAGCAAGCCGUCAACUCACCCGCUUUGGCUUCCCCUCCCCCCGUUUCCACUCACCCGCCGCCACAGUUGGUUACUACUCAGAAAAACCCAACUGUGAAAAAGAACUUGGUGCGGGGACCACGGGAGCAGCCGGUUGUAAAAGUAAUCAAGGUGAAACGCCCACCUCUGAUGAACAUGGCAGCAGCGGGAAGUAAGGAGGUGGCUCAAAGCGGAACAAACAAUGUUAGCGGGGUAAAGCAAAACUCGGAAUUUCCCUACGAACAAGCAAUUGAGAUAAGCUCUACUGAUGAAAUUGCUCGUAGUCACCUAAAUCCCCAUGACAGACGGAUCAAAUCAGUGGCUAUAAAAACUGGAUGUCAGGUGUUAAUGUCAGGACCGAUCAAGAAGUCCGCAAGUAACGGGAUUAUUGGAAAUCGAGGCGAUGUUUACAGGUUGGUCAUUGCAGCACAAAGUAAGGAGAGAGCGGAAAAGUGUUUAAACUACCUAAGGGAGACGUUUCCCAAAUCCUCACUCAAGCCCGCGCCGAAAAUUGGUGGAUAA